GCCUGCGCCUGCGCCCUGAGGCUGAAGUAGGGGCGCGCCUUGGCUAGAGCCGGGAGAGCGGCGGGCGGAGCAGCCAAUGGGCGGCGGCGCUGCCUGGCUGCCGGGAGGCGGGGCCUGCGCGGGUGUUAGGUUAGCGCGAGGCGUGACCUAGUUGACAGGCUCUGAGGUGCUGCUGUGGCGGCGGCCGCCUGGCAGAGCGGGCGGGUCGAGGGAGGAGGGCGGCGACGGGCCAGCGGCUAGCGGCGCGGGACGCAGAGCCUUUGCACUUUUCCCUCCCGAGUGUCCCCUCCAUCCACCCCCCACACUCCACACACCCUGUUUGCCCGUGAGCCUGGGGAACUUGCAGCUUAAAGCCAGCCACCCCCACGGCAGCAUGUACCCCAGCAACAAGAAGAAAAAGGUGUGGAGAGAGGAGAAAGAACGUUUGCUGAAGAUGACCUUAGAGGAGAGACGCAAAGAAUACAUAAGGGACUAUGUUUCUCUGAGCACCAUUCUAUCAUGGAAGGAAGAGAUGAAGAGCAAAGGCCAAAAUGAUGAAGAAAAUACUCAGGAAGCACCACAGAUGAAGAAAAGCUUGAGUGAAAAGGUUUCUCUCUACAGAGGUGACAUCACUCUGCUAGAGGUGGAUGCAAUCGUCAAUGCGGCAAAUGCCAGUCUUCUCGGAGGAGGAGGUGAUGUCAUCCAUACUGUAGGGCCAAUAGCCAGAGGCCACAUUAAUGGUUCCCACAAGGAAGACCUUGCAAAUUGCUAUCAAUCAUCCUUGAAGCUGGUGAAAGAAAAUAACCUCCGAUCAGUGGCUUUCCCCUGCAUUUCAACAGGCAUUUAUGGUUUUCCGAAUGAGCCUGCGGCAGUCAUUGCCCUAGGUACGAUUAAGGAAUGGCUGGCCAAGAAUCACCAGGAGGUGGAUCGAAUCAUCUUCUGUGUCUUCCUAGAAGUUGACUUCAAAAUCUACAAAAAGAAAAUGAACGAGUUUUUCCCUGUUGAUGAUAACAAUGAAGGAACCGAUGCUGACAUGAAAGAAGAUUCAGAAGGGCCAGAGCCUAAAGGCCUUUCUCCACCCCACAAGAAGAGCAAAGCAAAGAAACCAGAAAGUUCUAAAGACUCCAGUGAAGAUGAAAGUGGUCCAGAGGAGAAGCAAACUGCGGAAGAAAUGGAAGGGCAGAGCCAAGAAGCAGGUGGGCUCAGGUUUCUUUUGAGGAAUCUCCUUGGUCUCAUCCACAGAGAUGGUGUCAACACCACCCCUGUGCCCAGCCCAGCUUCCGAAGACAAAGCUGAAGUCCACAAAGAUGAAGCAGAUUCUGCAAAGGAUGACAAUACUGUAAAAGACAGUGACAUGACCAAUCAUUCUGUGUGUGACCAAGAACUUCCCAAUGGACAAGAGAAUGACUCAGCAAAGAGUGAGGGGAAAACUGAGGCAGAAUCCCCAAGCUCCUCUAUGGAAACAGAAGACCUUUCACCAAAUCAAGAAGAUGCCGCAAUUGUGGAACAACCAGAAGUGAUCCCCCUGAUAGAUGACCAAGAAGCACAGGAAGGUGGAGAAGCUCAAGGCAAGGAUGCACCUGCUGUGUUUGCAGAAAGCCAAGGUUCCAGCGAGGCAGAAAACACUUCAGGUCCUGAUGUUGACAUGAACAGUCAGGUGGAUGGUGUAAAUGAGCCAACAGAGAGUCUGCAAGAAGAUCUCCAAUAAGGCCACAAGAUGAAGCAAAGGAACAAAGAACUGAAGCUAAAUGACAGCCCUCAGCAUGGCAAGGCCUGGCCCUGGGGGACUUGGGAAGAUGAUAGUAUGUGCUGUGGAAGGGGGUGGGGGAGGGGGGAAGCAAGUUCAUGGAAGAAAGGGGGUCCUUUGCUCUAAUUCUCCAGCUGCAUUUCGUCGUUUACCUACAGAAAAGAAAAAGAUGAAAAAAACAAAACAAAAAGAAAAGAAAAGACAAGAAAAAUGAAAAAGCAAGCAAGCUCCCUCCAUCUGUGGGAGGCCCCAUGCUUAGCAUCUUUCAGGCACUCAGUCCAUAUCAUUUCUGUCUUUUAUCCAUGUCUCACCCUAGGGCCAUGGUGAUAGGGUUAAUACUCACCCAGGGCUCCUUGCCCCUCUCUGCUUUCUUGAUUCUCUCACAAAGCUGGUCAUAGGACAGUUUGUUCCAUGAAUAAGAAAGAACAUGAUGACAAGCUAAACUGGCAGGCUAAAUUUCAAGAGCUGCCAUGCCCAUCACUGGUAUAAUCCACAAAGGAGGAAGGAUAGAAAAUGGGUACAAACCUCAGAUAACACUUGGAAGAGGUCUGAAUAAGGAGUUCAAAAUAUUCAAAUCAGGCAUUAACGAAGAAGGUCAGACUUGGCAGCCUCUAGAUUCUCCACUCUUCACACCCAGGAUGCCCUGUGUGUUCAUUUUUGGGGCUGAUUUCAAGCACUGCUUCCUUGGUUUAUGAGGUCUUCACUGUGUGCUUCCUUAUGGAGUCCAUCCCCAAGAUGUGUUUUUUUUUUUUGUACACAAUUGGAAUGGGUGUUACUAUCAUUGAGAUCAAAGGGAGUGUCUUGUUUCAUUUGGGACUCUAAUCUAUUAAUAACAAUUGUAGUUUUCAAAGUUCCACUUGAAGUCUCUACUCUUCAUAAAAGAAUAUCCAUGGUGACCCAAGAUGUGCUAGCCCACAGAGGUUCACACUUGAAGUUAGGAGCAUUUGGAGCCAUUACUUCUAGCCCUGACUUCCUGGUCUGCUAAUGCCAAAUCCAAGGGUGAUUUGGCAGCUCAUCCACUCAUCCAAAACUUAUCCAGAACUAUACAUGACUUAAGAAGCCAGUGGAACAGUGGUAGCUCAAACAAUGAGGACCAGAGGAGGCUGGGCAUCCUCCCAACUAUCCAUCCCAGAAUAAUCCUAGGUCUCCCACUGCCUCUUGGGGAUCUAAAGACAUGGUCGUGUCUUUUGCAUAUCAUCUUAACACCCUACUGUUUUAGAAUUGUAAUGUUUUAUGUUGCUAUUCCUAACAAAAUGGGGAACAUGGAGCUGAGAGAGGAUAUCUAAAGUUAACAGUGGGAUGAUACCACUUUAUAAGUAUCUCAUCCAAUUUGCUAGUUUGGCCCUUUCCUGUGGAAAAUCAUCUUACCUUCCUAUGACUAGUUUUGCCUGCUCUGCAUUAGUUUCUGUUUCUAGGUAAUUUAUUUGGUAUAAUAAAGUAAGUAGCAAACCACACCUCUGCAUAUGUUACCUUUUAACAGCUCUUCUUUUCAUUAACACAGUUCAUCAACAUAACAACAAGGCUAUUUCAGGAAUUUCAUAAAGUUUCCCCAUGGCUUUUGCUCAUUUUUUUCUCUCUCUCUUUCUACAGUUUGACAUGACAGCAUAUACCUCUCCAUUACGUGUUGUUUUCUAGAACAAUUCCUCCUCUAAAUAAUCUAAGGAUACCACCCAGAUAGAUAGCUUCAAUGUUUCCUGCCAUCUUCAUAUUUUACAAGCACCCAUCACUUUUGUGAAGUGCCUGACAAAAGAACCAUGCUGGAAAGGCAUUUCCCCAUAACUCCAUGGGGAAGUAUAACUCAGCCUCCAUUAUAGGGUCACAGUGGGAAGGCACACCUGAGAUAAGAGGAAUAGCCAGAACUGAGACAAUUCCAGGCCACCUUUCUCAUUACCAAUGGCAGCCGUUGUGUUUGGUCAUCUUGUGUGGGGAUAGGUUAAGAAACGGGGAGAGAGAAUUCUCUGGAAACUGUAGGAAAAGGAAAACAAUCUUUAUAUUUAGGAAACAGAAAAGGAGGAGUUCCACUCCUGAAUUUGCUUAAACUUCCUUUUAUGAAUUAAAGUGCAUUUUCAUCUUUGCUUUGCAGUAGAUUUUUGGUUGCUAUGUGGCUGAAUGAUUGUAUGCUUUAAAAUAAAUAAUGCAGUUAAUUUACACUUCAAUAAUGAAAUAUAAAAAUGUUAGCUCUGGGCCAGACUGAAGGCAUCUCAGAUAAGGAGAUGUGUUGUUCACUGGCCCUGUCACUGCACAGGCUGUACAAUGCAGUACAUGUGGGAAGUGGACUGAUGCUUUCUGCACAUGAAUGCUAGAUGGCCAUUUCCAAACACACUUCAGACAGGCACAUGUCAUGAAGGGCAAUAGGGGGAUGGGAGGAAACUAGCCCUGUUAUUAGUCACGUUUGCAUACAGAGGACUGAAGUAGACCUUCAACAUAAUAGUCCUAAUUAAAAAGGUACUCACUGCAGACUAGACAAAGGGGCUUUUCCUCUUCCUGGUAACUAUUCAGAUGAUGGACAAGUCUUCUUUGAAAAAAGCUUACAAAGAAGACAUCCGAAGCACUGUCUAUGAUACUGGGUCACAUAUUAAUCACUGCAGCUAAUUGUAAAUCUUUCUAUGAAACACUGAAAAGCCUCUUUGUGAAUUAAUACAGUUCUGCUUGAUGCACUUGGUUUGCAAAGACAUUUCUCUGUAUGUGGUGCAUGUCAGCUGUGCUUUGAGAAACAACAAAGUUAGCAGAAUAUGUUCAAUAUAUUUUCUCGGGAAAUAGGGUUUUUAUCAUAUGACUCAUUAAGGAUUUGCCUUACCCUGACAUUUGUGAUAUAAAGGAAAAUCAGGAAAAAAGUAAUUUUCUUGAACAAGAUAUGUUUUUACUUAAUGCAAAUAAGUGUAGUCUGUUGCUUGCAAGGAAAAAAAUGUCUUCUGGUAUUACUAGGGUAACAUGUGCCUCUUUUGUUAAACAAGUCUUGAAAUGCUGGACAGCUUCUGAAUCUGUUUGUCUCUUUUCAUCUGUGCCACACACUAUGACACUUAAAUGACUGUUGCCUUCGAACUAUAUUUGUUAGAGCAGAGUGCAAAUAAACUUCUUUGAGAGGAUAAUGUGGAA